AUGCCCAUGACAGGGCAAACGGACCAAAGUGAUCUUGCUCGAAAAAUUUGUACAAUAUUCCAUCUUCCAUUAGCCUCAGGUUCAUCAAGUCUAUGGCUUAAAAGAACAGAUUUUGUCAACAAUCGGGACAACUGUGUGAGCUGCGGCCUUGGUUGGCCCCAGAUGUGGAGACAAGAAGGACUGCCGGGAAAGCUUGGAUGUGAUGCCAAAAUAGCCCAUUUUGGUAAUCAUGCUCAGCCUCCAGAGACGCAGAGGGCGGGCGUAUGCCGCCUACGACAAAGCCGAGAUGUAAAGGCGUGUGUAGAAGAGAAGAAUAUGGCUUAG